AUGCAACCAAAAAUUCAACGUUUAAUAUCAAAAUUAUCAACAGCAAGUGAUUUAAAUCAAAAAGAAACAUCCGAUAAACAAUUUCAAUCAAUUUCAUUAUCAGCACAAAUUUAUCCAACUAAAGUACAAAAUCGUUUGCAGUGGACAGAUACACCAACAACAGAUCAAGUCGUAGCAGAUGAACCAGCCCCAGAUCGAAAAGUACGGGCUGGUUCCGGCAGGAAAACACCGGAAAUCGCUGGAACAUGGAAGCAGUAUUUCUGCCGAAAAUUUUCUGGCUUUUUUCCGGUGAAUUCCGACCAAUUUCCUGCGUUUUCCGACAGGCAUUGA